AUGCGUUCCUCCUGAGCAGAAACACGUGAUUAGGCGUGUUUACCUACAAUGUAGCGUCUAUGAGACCAUCAACCUCAGCCGAAUAGUCAAUUAUAACUUCACGUUUAGGAUCAGAAUCACUUAUUGGAUUUACAUCAGGGCCUUCGCUGAUUAGUAACUGCUCGAUGCAUCUGAGAAAAGGGAAGCCGAGUGUAUAGCCCGAGGGCGAGCGAGCCAAAACAGACAGACAGACGAGGGGAAAGAGUGGGAUCUUUUGAGUGAUACUGGACCAUCAGAUGCAUUCCUAAAUCUCUGCUGCUAGCCUCAUUAUGGGCCUUAUAGAGGAGACCGAUGUAGAGCAGGUGACCCUGGCACUUUUGGAUGCUGCCAAUGACAGGGACCCGGUGGUGCAGGAGCAGGUCAGAAAGUCCAUCUUGACACUGGGGAACCAGCAGCCUGAUAAAGUCCUGUCAAUGUGCCAGGACUACCUGCUCAAACAUUCUAAGCUGGUGGUCGGGCACAGAGUGGUGAUCUUGCAAACUAUUGAACUGGUGGUGAAGAGCAGGAUUGAUGACAUCAGUUACCCCAAGAUCAAGAGUGUCAUACAGCUGGCGUCAGAUGAGAUGACGAAAUCAAAGGAGGUUGUCCCGGAAUGGCAGCAAGCAGCUAGUAAUAUUUUGGUCGCUGUGGGAAACAAAUAUAUUAAUGACAUCAUGGAGGAGAUACUUGGCAAGUUCCAGCCGGGAGUUUUGCCUCACUUUUUUGUGGUCCAAACACUAGCCAGUCUCUCUGACUCAAACGUAUAUGGUAUGGUGCCUUUUCUCAAUGCUAUAAUGGGGACCAUGUUACCCAUGCUGGCUAUGACCAAACAAGACAACAUGAAAUGGGUCUUCUCAUCCGCUCUCUGCCGCUUCAGCGAGAGCAUUUUAGAAUACCUGGCCAACCUGGACAAGGCUCCGGACCCCACUGUGCGUAAAGACACCUUCUCUAGUGAGAUUUACUCAGCCUACGACAUCCUGUUUAACAGCUGGAUCCAGAGCAGAGAGUCCAAGCUCCGCCUGACUGUUGCAGAAGCUCUUGGGUCAAUGAGUCACCUGAUGGCACAUGAUAAACUGGAAGAACAGCUUCCCAAACUCCUUCCCACUAUACUGGGCCUCUACAAGAAAAAUUCAGAACACUACAUCAUCAGCAAGAGCUUGUGUCAGGUCCUGGAGGCCUCUGUAAAUAUGGGCAGCAGAGUGUUGGAGACACAGAUUGAUGGUCUUUUAGUCGCUCUGCACCAGCAGAUAUGCUCACCUGUGGACUUCAGCAACCCUCCAACUGUGAAAAAUCACAACGAGGUCCUCCGAUGCUUCACUGUCCUUGCUAACACGUUCCCGGACCGUCUGAUGGUGUUUGUCCUCCAGAGGUUGGAGAACAGUAACGAAAGGAACAGAAUGGGCUCGCUAGCUGUUCUCAGACACCUCAUCAACUCAUCCACCUCCAUUAUGGAAACCAAGAAGCUCCUAAUUCUAGCCAGCAUCAGGCAACCUCUGGCUGACCACAGCAAUAAGGUGAAGAAGAGAGUGGUGCAGGUGAUCAGCGCUAUGGCUCAUCAUGGAUACUUAGAGCUAGAGGGAGGAGACCUGCUUGUCCGUUUCAUCAUCCAGCACUGUGCUCUGCCAGACACUUACCAUCGAGGACAGAAAACUCAAGACCCAGAGGAAGUGACCAAUGAGGCUCUGCGUAGCAUGUGUGAUAACACAUUGCAUCUUUUCACCACCACAGUGGGCCGCCUGACUGAUGUUCUGUGGCCGAUGUUGCUUUGCUACCUGACCCCAAAUCAGUACGCCAACGCCACUACCCCCUUGUGCAAGAGUUUAAUUCUGCUGGCCAACAAGAAACGAACAGCACAAGAACCCAACUUCAACAUCGACUUCAACGCACAAGGCUCUAGUCUUCCCUCACAGUAUAUUCUGAUGAUAAGGCUCCUGGUGAAUGCCGCCUUCCCGUUUCGAUGCAGGGGACAUGGUGCUCCCUCUCUAAGUCUGCUCAGCGCUAUCAGCCCUAACAUUCACCCUAAAGCUGAGCCUCUGUGGGAAAAAGAGAUACCAAAGCUGGUCAAUUACCUUGAAGAAUCAACAGAAGAUUCUCUGGAUAAAAAGAAGUGGGAAGAAGCUUUACUUCAGCUCCUGUCUAAAACUCUGGCAGCCAUUGAUGACAGCCAGUGGACUGGUCAGCUUGCAGUAGAAGCCACACGAUACCUUCCUACCUACAACAAUGCUCUAGAGGAAAAGAGUUUCUUAUAUAGGUGUAUCGGUGUGAUUCUCCAGCAGUGCUAUAAUAAAGAGCUGGUCAGGAAACAGCUGCAGGAAAUCCUGAUCAGCACUCGUCACAAUGAUCCAAUCGAAAGAACGGGUGUUGCAAUGGGAAUCGGGCUGUGUGCCAGCAGUCACCUCGACGGCACGUUGGAAAAACUGGAGGAGUUUGGGAAGUCCGACGCCUUCAAGAAAGCCUCAGGGAUUUUUGGUCUUCUCAAAGAUAAAAACGACGUUGAUGUGGAGAAAAUGAAGAGCACUCUUAUUUUGUGUUAUGGAUAUGUUGCGAUGCACGCGCCAGAAGAUCAGCUCCUCACUCGUAUCGAUAGUGACAUUCUCCAAAACAUCUCCAAGAACUUCAACACCAAGGUUCUGGGAAUUAAAGUAGAGACCAAGGACCUGACUAUGAAGCUCAGUCUUAUUCAUAGCGUCGGACUCAUUGCCAAGGCCAUCAGCAAAAGCGUUCGUAAACACGGCUUCCUGUUCUCCCGCAAACACGAGCUGAUGGGCGUUAUGAUGGAUUUCAUCAAAGCUGAACCAGCAGAUGUCAUGCGGACCCCUGUUCGCUAUCUUGUUUUGACCACGUGCGCCAACCUCAUAAACUUAGAUCCUCUUUUGACAGAAAAUGAAAACUUUGACUUGUUAAAAACGUGUUUGAAUGGAGUUUAUGGGCUUCCUACUGUGGACACUCCAGACAAGGCUAAAGACGAAGAAGCCCUGGAUCCACAGCAAAGAGAGGUCCUAUAUUCAGAUACUUUUAACGCUCUUCAUGAAUUACUGAGGAAUGUGUUAGCCAGAGACUUGAGUCCUGACGGUCUGCAGUCUGUGUUCAAGCAUAUAGAGAGCUGGCUGAGCUCAGGACAAGACCAUGAGCGGGAGAGGGCAGUAAAGACCACGGCAGAUCUACUGCAGUUCUACUUGGACGAUCUCAGUGUAAAGAAUCUAGUGACAUUCCAUAAUUUGGGAGCUCUUGUGGGGCGUCUGGCCCCACGAUGCACAGACCCAAACCCUGAGGUGCGGCGGGCAGCCAUAGACUGCAUCUAUAGACUAAUGUACAUUCAGCUGCGCUAUGAAGGCUUUUCACUCGACCACAAGGACGAUUCAGUUGAGGCUCUGUUAGAAGUUCGUGAGAAGCUAAGCAAUCCUGACCAUUCAGUCUUGUAUAAAACCUGCUCUGAGCUGACUAAGAUCAUCAGUAAGCGUUUGCCCCAGCAGCAGUUGAGCACCCUGUUGUUUAUGCUGUUUGAUGGUUUGGUGGACUCUCAGUCCAAUUGUUCCAGAGCAUCCAGCGUGAUCCUCAACACCUUGCUGAAGAACAGAGGCGCUGGCCUGCAGGAUCUGGUGCCAGAGAUGCUGGAGGUGUUGCACAACCAGCUGCAGGUGAUUGGUGAGGAGCAGGUGAAGGUAUCCAUCGGUCAGUCCAUCCUUAUUCUCGCUACACAGCAUCUGCAGACUGUGGUCAACACGCUCGUUGCCUACCCACUACCAUACGACAGCUGGAGCUGUGAGAUGUGGAUAGCUCUAGGAGCAGACAGCACUGUGGCCCUGCAAAUCAUGGAGAUGAUUAUCGAGAAGCUGAAUGUUAUGGUUCCCUAUGUAGAUAAGAAGGAGUCUAUGUUGAGACCCGGUUUGACCAAAGUUGCGACAAGCCAACCAUUGGCUAUGACCUGUGCCCUGCGUGAGAUGAUGCUAAAUGGCCAGUCAGCUGACGCCGUGGUGCGUGUGUUUCCAAAGCUGUUCAGUUCUCUGCUAGUGCGUUUGGGCUCCAGCGUGGGAGUUCAGCUACCUAAAGAUCUCAACAGCAACAGCAUCAUUUCAGACCGCAAAACAACCAACAAAAUGAACUUGGCCAAUUUUGAUGUGUGUGGGGUGGCAGUGGAGGCCCUGCGGAUCCUGCUGGCUCGAGCUCAGCUGGACGCUGUCGUGAAACCAUUAGAUCAGGAGGCAGCUUGGGACAAGAUGAAGGACCCGCAGCAGCACACAACAGGAGUCACUCUGCUCUCCAGAGCAAUGGCAAAGCAUGCUGGUCCAAGGCUCCCUGCCAUUGUGGAAAGUCUGUGUCCUUCUCUCUGUAAUAUUUAUGAGUGCCAGAGGAUCACGGUCACAGCGUUCUUCUCUGAGCUGUUGAACCACCAUGUAGUGACAGAACUGAUGAUUUUGGACAUGCUGAUGAACAACAUGAUGGAAAGAAUUACUGACACCUGCGGUACGGUUCGCAUGCUGGCGGUCCGAGGCCUGGGGAACAUUGCUGUGGGCUCACCUGAAAAGGUGAAUAAAUAUGCAAAGGAGCUUUUAGCAGCCAUGAGUUCAGGUAUGGAAGAGAAGGACGAUCCAGGGAAACUCAUCACACUGGAGGCCAUGUCUGGAAUGUCCAAGAUAUUGCUUUACCUUGACCAAAAGAAUGUCCACCUGCUUGUGGUUUACAUUUUCAUGAAGAUAAAACCCUUUCUGGAGAAUGAGAACGAUGAGAUUCGAUGUGCUUCCAUCAUGCUCCUUGGGAACCUGUCGAAGUUUGGCUCGGGUGAGCCUGUCUUUAAAGACCAAAUCCACAAUGUUCUAGUCAGCUUGUUGUUGCAUCUCAGUGAUCCCAACCCUCAAGUGGUCAAGGCAUGCAAGUACGCCAUGCGCAUUUGUGCUCCAGUCGUAGGUUCAGAACAGAUCUCUGCCAUGUUCCAGAAUCAUCUUCUUGAGGAGAAGGGUCUGCAUUAUGGAGAGUUCAUUAAUGACCUCACCAAAUACCUAAUCCAGGAUUUUCCAGGCAUGUUGAACUUCUACCACAUCACAGUCAUUCAGUUCUUCAAGAGUAACUGGGCUGAGAUCAGAGCCAGUGCUGCCAUGUUUAUUGGUUUUUUGCUUGGGAACCUUCCUGAUGAGCAUUUUUCCCAUAUGAAUAUGGGUUCAGUGACUAAGGGUCUGGUGAUGCUACUGCAGGAUCCAGAUCCUCUCGUGCGGGUGAAAGCCGCUGAAGCCAUGGGUCAUUUCCACUGACGUUACCUCCAGCCUACAGCAAAUCAGAUUAGUCUUUGAUUUUAAGUUUGUUGCUUUGAAUAAGGAGGAAGCUUUGAAUUGUUGUUCCAUAAUAAGCCUUGAACGGUUUUUAUUAUCGACCAAAGACUGUGCACUAGUUCUGUAAGAAAAGAGAAGAAUAAAAAGGAAAAUACAUUUCUUGACAUUACAGCACUUUUAAGUAUUCUCAGAUAUACGGUGUGUGAUUCCAAGCCUGGUUUUUUUUUACCAGCAGCGGUUUUUAAUGUGAGGUACGUACCUGCGAGCCCUUUAAAAAUUAAGACUUACUAAAGUUUGUACGCAAGUACGCUGAUAUUGCUGAUAUUGCUGAUAUUGCUUGCUUGAUUAUUCCUGUAACGUGCUAAAUGUGUAUCACCACUUGAAAUCAUUAAAAACAUGUAGGGUGAAUCAAUAUAUCUGAAACCAACAUCAACACUGCAAGGUUUUUCUGGUAAUAAAAUCAGAUGUACUGCUCAGUUAAGAGUUUAAUCCUAUAAAAAAGCAGACGGUUGAGUCAUAUUGACCACCAUAAACCUUCAGCAAUAAAUCACCCUAAUAGGGAUGUGCAUUAGCAUAAGCCGCUAAGGCAUUAACUGCAACGGAAAUCUCCUGUUCUGAAAUCCACAAUCAAAAUAAGCAUUUAUAGUGUUUUUGCUGUGACUUCUGUGGUUCUGAUUGUAUCUCAUGCACUACAGUGGAACUCAAUCGUGCUUCCUUCUCGACCAAGUCAUACAAGUAGACAAAAACAGUGCCAAACCAUAGAUUUAUAAAAGAUAAAUGGUACUAGAGUAGAUGUUCAAAGAUGUCUGCCUCAUUUUGUGAAGCGUCUGUGUAGCUGAAACACCAGUGCUGGCCUUUCUAUGGCACUUGUCUUGUUCCGUUUUGUAAAUUGUAUCUGUGAAAUGAAUGUAAAUUCACAAGUGUGGCCAUUGUUUCAAAGUUUGAGCAUGAAGAAUACUGAAUGAAUUAAAAAUGAUUUUUUUUUAAAGCUUCCUCUUAAUAAACAGGACAAAAGUGAUAAUGGUAAAUCAACUGCUUUUACAAAUUUGGUACCUACUGUACAGUGUCCUGUACAGUAUAAGUAGUUGCACAUACUAUAUACAAAUAAAUCAGAAUCAGAGAAUUAUAAUUCUCUAUAAGAUACUGUGUAAACAUAAAAUCGUAAAACACACAGUUGAUGUAGUGGGUCAAUUUGAGUGUAAAUGGCCUGAUAAUGUCUUCAUUCUUUCAGCUAAUUAAUAUUUAAUGAAUCUUGACAUUAAAGAAUUAGGGAACAAACCCUUUGUAAACUCCAUUAGUUUGACUCUCAGUGAGAAAUAUCAUUAUGUUUAGUAUAUACACCACUGUUCAAAUGUUUGGGGUCAUUAAGUCUUUUAUUUAUUUAAUUUUAUUUAUUUAUUUUUUGUUAAAGAAAUUAACACUUUUAUUUAGCAGGGACGCAUUAAAGGGUUACUCCACCCCAAAAUGAAAAUUUUGUCAUUAAUCACUUACCCCAAUGACGCUCCAAACCCGUAAAAGCUUUGUUCGUCUUCGGAAUACAAUUUAAGAUAUUUUGCUUUGCGUACAAAAAGUAUUCUCGUAGUUUCGUAAAAUUAUGCUUGAACCACUGAUGGCAGAUGAACUAUUUUGACGACGUCUUUCAUACUUUUCUGGGCCUUGACAGAGGUAUUUACUUGGCAGUCAGUGGGACAGACACAAACCUCCCGGGUUUUCAUCCACAAUAUCUUAAAUUGUUUUCCGAAGACGAACGAAGCUUUUUUUUUAUGGGUUGGGAACGACAUGAGGGUAAGUGAUUAAUGGCAAUGGGUGGAGUAAACCUUUAAAUUAAUUAAAAAGGUCAUUUUACAUAAGAUUUCUAUUUCAAAUAAAUGCUGGUUUUUUGAACUACCUAUUCAUUUUUUUAAAAAAUGUACCACUAUUUCCACAAAAUAUUAAGCAGCACAACCGCUUUCAACACUAAUAAUAAAAAUGCUGAAAAUAAAAUAGAUCAGAACAGUAAAACGUCUCAAGCAUAUGAAACUUAAAAAAAAAAUCUUACUGACCCCAAACAUUUGAACAUUAUAGGUCUAUCUAUAAUUUUUUUUCUGCAAAAGAGUCGAUAUAGCUUUGGCGCGCUGUGCAGAAGAGCUGAAGCUCUGGGUGCAGAGAGCGAGAAAAAAAAAAUGUUACAACUCCUUUGUUGCUCAGGGUGUUGAAUAUGUAUUAGCACAAGUCAAUCAAAUUAAAGUGUUUACGAAGGACACAGACCAUUAAUCUAAAUACUUUAGAAUUUAGCAAUUAGUGGCAGUUAUUCCAUUUGGUCAGGAACCCGAUGUGGUAAUGAUAUUGGAAUUAAUUCCUGGGUGUGUCAUACAAAGAUUGCGUUUGUGUCUGGGAUGGAUUUCAAAGCAAUCCAACUGCCACUGAAGGUUUCUGUUGGGUGAUCAUGGUAUUGGGCAAAGUGUCAUGUUUGCAUCUUCUGAUCAGUUCGUUUUUGUAUGUCUUUUGUUUUCUUUUUAGACUAAAUUGUUUUGUAUCAUGUAAUAGAGCUGAUCUCUGGAUGAUGGAGAUGAGAAUAUGUACAACUGAAUCAUUAAAGUUAUUAAUACAUGUCA